AUGUCUUCACCUUCAACUGCCAUCCCCACCGGCUCAUGGGUCCUUGUCACAGGCGCCACAGGCUUUGUCGCCAGCCACGUUACCCGUCAACUUCUCCAGCGCGGCUACAAGGUCCGAGGCACAGUCCGUGAUCAAGGCAAAGCCCAAUGGCUCAUUGACGAUCACUUCAAGUCUUAUGCCGACAGUGGUUCCUACGAGCUCGUCACUGUUCCUGAUAUAUCUGCCGCUGGAGCUUUUGAUGAUGCAGUAAAAGGUGUUUCCGCCGUUGCUCACAUCGCAAGUGUCCUUGACUUUGAUCCCAACCCCAACAAUGUCGUUCCCCAGACUGUCGCAGGAGUAACCUCUGUCCUCGAAAGUGCAUCCAAGGAGCCUUCUGUUACGCGAUUUGUCUUCACUAGCUCCAUCGUCGCUGCUGUUUUCCCAACGCCUGACUCAGACGGUGUUGUCGACCGCAAUUCAUGGAACGAAUUCGCUAUCAAAGCGGCCUGGGCUCCACCACCUUACGAGCCAUCGCGUGCAAUGCUCGUCUAUGCUGCAAGUAAGGUCGCUGCGGAACAAGCUCUAUGGAAAUACAUCGACGAGAAUAAGCCUCACUUUGUGGCCAAUGCCAUUUGCCCGUCUGGUAUCUUGGGCGAGCCACUCCACGAGAGACAUGCCACUUCAUACGGAAACUGGAUUUAUUCUCUCUUCAUCGAGAAGAGGGGAAUGAUCGACACGUUCCAAACUGCAUUCUUUGUUGAUGUCCAAGACGUUGCCCUCCUCCACGUCGCUGCCCUUCUUGAUCCCGAACUCAAGGAUGCGCGUCUCCAGACGUGGGGCCACAAAGCCCACUGGAACAAUUUCUUGCCCAUUCUGCGAGAGCUUCGACCGCAGAGGAAAUUCAUCCCUGACUAUCCUGAGACAUUCUACCUUAAGCUCUCAACUGAUCAGUCUGAGUCGGUUGCUCUCUUGAAGAAGUGGGCUGGUCAGGAAGACUGGAAGCCUAUCAGACAGAUUAUUACCGAGGCCAUCAAUAACCCCUACUGGAAGACUGAGUAG